AUGUCCAUUACCCACAUUGUUCUGUUCCAAUUCAAAGCAGGUCUGGCUGCUGAAGUCAUCCAAGACGUCUGCGAGCGUAUGCUUGCACUGAAAGACAAUUGUGUCCACCCCACCUCACAAAAGCCCUAUAUCAAAUCCGCAUCUGGCGGGAAGGACAACUCUCCCGAAGGCAUUCAGCGUGGGAUUACACACGCAUUUGUCAUGGAGUUUACAAGUGCUGCAGACCGAGACUACUAUGUAAAGAGCGAUCCGACUCAUCUAGGAUUCGUCAAGUCUCUUGAUGGCCUCAUUGAGAAAGCCCAAGUCAUUGACUUUAGUGAUAAAAUUCUCUGA